UACAAGUCUAAAGGGGCACUUAUAGUGUCAUCGGCGUGGUGAUUCUGAGAAGCUUCUGACAUCGUCCAUACUUUUCUAACCAUUUGGGCUUAAUAGUAAACUAAGAUUCAAUGAGACAGUCCUCACAUAUGCUACUGCUUCAUUAACCCUGACCAUCCAUCUCAUCUGAGCAGCCAUCGGAAAACAGUGAUUGCUCAUAUCACGAUUGAACUGAUCAACGAAUUUAACGGUCAGGAUUUUUGUGGUAAAAUUUCUCUAUUGUUUGUGUGGAAGCCAAGAGACAAGAGUCGGUCUAUUCGUCCAAAAGGGAAAAGCACCUUCUUCUUCUUCUCUUUUAUUGCAAGUCCUUCCAGACUAAGGCCUUUGCUUUUUCCACCUUCUCUCCUUUUCUCAUCAAUUCAACAAACACAAUCAAAAUUUAAUCCAACUCAUUUCGCUACAAUUCCAAUCUGAGAUCCUUUGCUUAGUUUCUCUUCUUACUUCCGUUGAAAGAUAGAAUCUUUAUUUUUCCAUCAAAACUUCACGAUUAGUUCUUGUUCUUGUUAAUAUUGCCAAUUUGUUCGAUUACUGACAAAUCGAUAACUCCCUUUCAAUUUCUUAUCAAUAUGGCCACAAAUAAUCCCUUAUACACAAACCCAAAUCUAUGCAAGCAUCUUGCCGAAUACAAGCUCAGACAUACCUUGACUGGCUAUACUUCCUUCAAAAAUUGCCUUAAAACUACUGGAAAUGGAAGAACCAGCAUUUGUAGGAGUGAAACGAAGAUACCCAGAUGCUGUUCUUGUAAUGGGUAUCAAGGUAGAUUCUUUAUGUGUUUGGUUUGCUCGUCAAUCUCAUGUUCAAGCCACGCCCUUUUACAUGCUCAAUCAGAGACUGGUCAUGAUGUAGCUGUUGACAUUGAAAGAUCGGAGCUUUAUUGUUGUUUGUGCAGUGAUCAGGUCUAUGAUCCUGAUUUUGAUAAAGUUGUCGUGUCCAAGCACAUGAUGGACAUGCCAAAUAAUACUCAUGUUGAUGAUGGCAUAAGGAGAUCAAGCAAGAGGAGGAAAUUGAAUUCAUUGAUGGAUUUGGAUUUAAAAAAGUGUAAACAGUUGUUUUUGAUGAGGGAUCGAAGGGAAAAAUCGUGUUACCCGUUGGGAUUGAGAGGAUUGAACAAUUUGGGCAAUACUUGCUUCAUGAAUUCUGUGUUGCAAGUAUUGCUUUAUGCACCCCCUUUCAGGAACUACUUCUUGAGUGGCAGGCAUGACCGUGAAACUUGUAAGAAAAGAUCAUCAGAUCGGUUAUGUUUGGCUUGCAAUAUUGAUGUUAUUUUCUCGGCUGUGUAUUCUGGGGAUCGAACACCUUACAGCCCAGCUCAGUUUCUUUACAGUUGGUGGCAGCAUUCAGCAAAUCUAGCUAGUUACGAACAGCAAGAUGCUCAUGAAUUCUUCAUUUCAGUGUUAGAUGGUAUCCAUGAGAGAGAAGGAAAUGGAAGAACCCCAACUAAAGAUAAUGGAGAUUGUCAGUGUAUUGCUCAUAGGGUUUUCUCAGGGAUGUUGAGAUCAGAUGUUAUUUGCAUGACUUGUGGGUUUACUUCGACCACUUACGACCCUUGUCUUGACAUUUCACUCAACAUGAAUACAAGUAAUUUAUCUUCAGUAGAUGGGGCUAACAAGUCUGUCAGACCUAAUGAGAGUUCAAGCAGAUGUACUCUUUCUGCUUGUUUGGAUUUGUUUACAAGGCCAGAAAAGUUGGGGUCAGACCAGAAACUUUACUGUCAAAAUUGUAAAGAAAAACGGGACUCUUUUAAGCAAAUGUCCAUUAGAAGGCUCCCAUUGGUGCUGUCUUUGCAUAUCAAACGAUUUGAGCACUCUGCACUCAGAAAGAUGUCGAAAAAAAUUGAUUGGCAUUUGCAGUUUCCGUUCUCCUUAGAUAUGACGUCUUAUUUGUCAUCCUCAAUUGUGAGAAACAGAUUUGGGAAUAGAAUUUUUACCUUUGAAAGCAAUGAAGCAGAUACCUCUGCAGAAUUUGAGAUUUUUGCUGUGAUCACUCAUUCAGGGAUGCUGGAAUCAGGACACUAUGUCACUUAUCUUCGCCUCAGAAACCAGUGGUAUAAAUGUGAUGAUGCAUGGAUUACUGAGGUUGAUGAAGCAGUUGUGAGAGCUUCACAGUGUUAUAUGAUAUUCUAUGUGCAGAAAAUGCUUUACCACAAAGCAAAUGAGGAUUGGAGCUGCACACCAAUGUCCCCUCUAAGUGAUCCUUUUUGUCCGAUAGCAGGUUGUUGCUAGAUGGGAGUUUUUCAACUGUGAUUGGCAGAAUCAUGAAUCACUGCUAAUUACUUUCAAGUUCAGCUGCAUACAUACUGAGACAAGAAACAGAAGUUUCCGACAAUGGAGCGUGCUUUCGAGAUCGAAUAACUCUCUCAGCCAAGAAGAACUCACAGUUUGACUGAUAUAAUCGAGGUUGAGUCAUGGAAGAAAUGAGAUUGCUGCAAGCUGAGUUGUGGAUUCAUGAAGAUUAUCCAUUAAAAAGAGAUGAGAUGCCAAGUUCAGUUAUCUCCAAAUAAUAUCUUAAUGGGCAGAUGAGAAUCAGGUUUGAGAGAUAUUGACAAAGAAGAGGCUAACUCUCUAAAUGAGUUUGUUGUAGCUCUGAUUUUGCAUGACCUUUUGUUGUUUUUGCUGGGAAUUCUUUGAGUGCAGGUCAGUCAUGACUCGUGUACCUUGUUAAUCUUUAUUCAUUCAAAACUAAUGGAUGAUCCACACUAAUUAGCUCCA